GAUAAAACAAUACUUCCGUCUGUAGACAUAUAUCAUAGUUUUGCUGACACGUUUUAACGAGAGAAGUUGACACGUUCAGUAUUUAGUUUGCGACGCAGAUUUUACUUAGUCACCGACGCUCUCUGUCACUGUCACUCACUGUUUUGACGAUGCCUAUCUGUAAUUCAGUGAUGGAGGCAUCAGACGUUCCUUCAAAUCCAACAGACGCCACUGAUUCUGGUUCAACAAAACAAGAUCUUUCAACAGCUGCAGUGGUUGAUAUACGAACAGAGUGUACAAAUAAUUCAGCAUCUUCAUGCUCACCGUCAGAAAAUAACACAGGGAAGGGAGAAGAAGGUGGGGGGUCAGCAAAAGAGGAAGAGGAAAAGCAAUCUAAAGAAACUAUAGAUUUUAAAGUAAUAUUUAAUAAACAAAAAUAUGAUGUGACAUUUCCUUUAGACAGCACCAUUGGCAGCCUAAAGACACAUAUACAAACUUUAACAGGGGUUCCAUCAGCUAUGCAGAAACUUAUGUUCAAGGGCCUUGCCAAAGAUGAUGUCACACUUAGAGAUCUCAAAGUUACAAAAGGAGCUAAGAUUAUGGUAGUAGGAUCUACAUUAAAUGAUGUGUUGUCAGUGGCUCCACCUAGUGCUCAGCAGCUUCAAGAGGAGGCUAAAGCUGCUUCAAGUGUAAAAGAGAGUCUAUCACAACAAAAGAAUCAUAAAAAGGUGUUAGAGAAAUAUGGCAAGCCAGAAGAUGCUAUGCCAGGAUACAAGAAUAAAAAGGAGUCUCUUCCUCCCCAUCCGAUAUCUGGCAUGUACAACAAGUCAGGGGGGAAAGUUAGACUUACAUUCAAGCUUGAAAUGGACCAGCUGUGGAUUGGUACCAAAGAAAGGACAGACAAGAUACCCAUGAAUUCCAUUAAGGCUGUGGUUAAUGAGCCUAUUGUGGACCACGAAGAGUAUCAUUUAAUGGGCAUUCAGCUUGGACCGACCGAAGCAUCACGGUACUGGGUGUACUGGGUACCAGCUCAAUAUGUGGAUGCUGUCAAAGAUGCUAUUCUGGGGAAAUGGCAGUACUUCUAGACUGGGUCCUCAGGCAGAAUCUGUGAUACUGUGGCUAAUGAUUGUCAAGGCUUCUGCAUAACCGGUCAGCAUAUGUCAUGCUGGAUUUCGUGCAUAAAUGCUUUUCAGAAUCAUAAGUUUGACCCGUUCAUUCUUAUUUGUCCUUUGAUUAUGGUGAAAAACAGAGAUAAAAGCAAAGUGCUGAUGGUGUCAACGCGUGGCCCAUGGUGUGGCAUGGAGGUAGCAUACAGCCUUAUCAAGCAGGAAUCAUCUCACUUGUUCUUUUUCUGCUCAAAGCUUCCGUCUAAACAUGAUCAAAUUGUGUGAUGACCUGUCCUCUCUGCUUCUUCAUCAAGCAUAUGCAUAAUACACAGAAUUCUAUGUGAGUGUACAUGAAGGUCAUCUUCAACCUCACUUCUUCAGUGGUUCAGUUUGUUCUCGGUGGGUGAUGUUUGUAAGUCUCAGAGUUUAAUGUCAUCUGUGACCUUUUAUUAGUGCUAUACUUUGAUUUUCUCCUGACAAAAUCAUUUGUGUAACAGUCUCGAUUUGCUGAUCAUUUGAGGUCAUCAUUGAAUGAAAGCUUCUAUUUUGGUUUGGUAUCCUUAAAAUGCAGAACACACCUUGUUAUAAUAUUUGAUUCUGAUAAAAUAAUUAAGAAGUAACUCCUCAUUUCUUAUUAAGACACUGUUAUGUUGCAACUAAGUUCAAAUUCAUGAUAAAAUUUGGAUUAACCGGAUUAGCGGAUUCUUUUUCCUCUGUCGCAUAAAAUGUUACAUUCAGCACGUGUAAAGGUUAUGAAUGUUGUCCAGCUGUCAUUUGUUUUGUUCAUGUCAUUCUUGUGUUUGCUUAUCACCAUCAAAACCAUAUCCCGUCGAUGGUUUGUGAUACGCCACUAUUGCACGUAUAAUGAAGCCAUUCUUCAACAUUAUGAAGUAGUCAGUGUCUUUGUCGGACAGCGGAACAUAGGAAAGAUUACUAUACAUAGCUAGGAUUAUCUCCCAUUAUAUACCGUGGUUCAUGUAUCAUCAGCAGUGUACCAUCUCUGCAUAACAAAUGUUACAUAUUCUUUACAUGCACAGUAUUGAAAUGUGUACAGCUUAAAAAGCUUGACUUCUGUGUUUUGUUAACAAAACCAUAUUGUUCUUUGAGGAUUGCGGUCUGUAUUUACGAGACUUUGUAAAUAAAGACUGGCUGUAUAUUGGA